UUCUUCUUCUUCUUCUUCUUCUUCUCUCCCACGUCCACCCCAUCCACCAUUUUUCCCCCAAUACCCUAGACUCGAAUCGCACGGAGCAAAACCCUAGGGCUCGUCUCCCUCUUCCACCGCCACAAUGAACGUCUUCAGAUUCGCCGGGGACAUGACCCACCUCUUCAGCGUCCUCGUCCUCCUCCUAAAGAUCUACGCCACCAAAUCCUGUUCCGGGAUCUCGCUCAAGACGCAGGAGUUGUACGCGCUUGUGUUCUUAACCCGCUACUUGGAUCUGCUCACGGAUUUCAUAUCCUUGUACAAUACUGUGAUGAAGCUGGUGUUCAUAUCGAGCUCGCUUGCCAUUGUUUGGUGCAUGCGAGCUCACCCCGUGGUGCGUAGGACCUACGACAAGGACCAGGACACGUUUCGGCAUUACACGCUCGUCGCCGGGAGCUUGGUUUUGGCGUUGCUCUUCCACGAUCGCUUCACGAUUCGAGAGGUUUGUUGGGCAUUUUCCAUAUAUUUGGAGGCAGUGGCUAUACUACCCCAGUUAGUUUUGUUGCAGAGAAGUCGAAACGUGGACAAUUUGACUGGACAAUACGUUUUCUUUCUUGGGGCCUAUCGUGCAUUCUACAUUCUUAACUGGAUCUAUCGCUACUUCACAGAGCAGCAUUUCAGCCGAUGGAUACCUUGGAUUGCUGGCCUUGUCCAGACCGGUUUAUACGCCGACUUCUUCUAUUACUAUUACUUGAGCUGGAAAAACAAUGUGAAGCUUCAACUACCUGCUUGAGCUUGAUGCGGCUGCAACUACUACAUGCUUUUUGGUAAAUGACAUGAUUUCUUGAUUGGGCAACUUAACUUGGGUCGAAAACAGGUGAUUCCAUAUCGAAGAAUAUUUACGGUGUGAUAUUUGGGGUCCUUGCACACAUUUUCUCACAAUUAACUACACUGCCACUAGAUCAGGAUUUUGAUUUGUUGUAGCGCCUGUUGUCCGAAUUCUUUGUUCACUAAUUCAAUUCGCUAAUGCAAUACUAAUUCACAGGAAGUAGGACUCAGUUUUUUUUCACGGCGCGAUCUCUUGAUUGUUACAAUUUGUCCAUUUUCUCUUUCCUUUUUUUUUAAAUUUUCAGAAGUGCAUUUGUAUCAGAGGUUGGUAUACCUUGGGAGAUUA